UCCACCUGCACAUUGAAGCAUGUGACCUCAGUGACGAUGCAGAGUAUGAAUGUCAGGUCGGCCGCUCAGAGACAGGCCCCGAGCUCGUGUCCCCCAGAGUGAUCCUUACCAUCCUGGGUAUGGGUGAGAGACCCCCCCCAGGACCCUUGAGUCCAGAUUUCCAGCCCUCUCCUAUCCCAGGGCCCAGGGUUCCAAAUCCCCAGUCCCCAGUCCCCAGUCCCCCAGUCCCCAGUCCCAGACCCAGGGCGCCGAGCUCAUUUCAUGAGCAAUGAAAACCCAAAUCCUCAUAUCUUUCUCAGUGGUGGCAGCUCACCUCAGACCCUUUCUCACCAGUGCCCCCCAAGGUGCUUCAGCUGACCCCUGAGGCAGGAAGCACAGUCACAUGGGUAGCUGGGCAGGAGUACGUGGUCAGCUGUGUGUCUGGGGAUGCAAAGCCAGCACCUGACAUCACCUUCAUCCAGAGUGAGUGGGUGAACUGGUGGGAACAGUGUAAAGCCUCUGGAGUGGGGAGGGGGUGUGUCCCCGCCCAGUGCCCUCCUAGGGGUCCCAGAAAAUAGGACCUUCCUGAGUGAUGGGGAUGCAGGAGGGGGCUUGGAGAGAUGUUGAGGUCAGCGUGAGACCCUGUGAAUAGGAGGGAACAUCCAGGGAAAGGUACCAGAGUGAUUGCAGGACUGCAGGUCUGGAACUCAGGGAAGAGCCCGAGGCUCCAGACAGAGAUAUGCGUGUCAUCGUUGGUGCAGAAGCAAGAAGCUGGGUGAUGGGGGUGGACAAACAAUUUCUGACAUCUCUGCUAAUGUGAAUGUGGGGUCCCAGGAGAAACUCUUCACCACAGAGGCCACAGCCAGAUGACUCUGACUCCAGAACCCCAACUUCCCACCCCAGGGUGACACCUCAGAGCUCAGAUAAUGGGAAGCUGCUGGUCUGUGAGGGGUCCAGCCCAGCAUUGGACACCCCUAUCCGGGUCUCAGUCACCAUGAAUGUUCUGUUCCCCCCAGGACCUCCUGUCAUUGAAUGGCCAGGCCUGGACGAGGGGCACGUGCGGGCAGGACAGAGCUUGGAGCUGCUGUGUGUGUCCCGAGGGGGAAAUCCGCCAGCCACACUGCAGUGGCUGAAGAAUGGCCAGCCCAUGUCCACAGCGUGGGGCACAGAGCAUGCUGAGGCAGUGGCCCGAAGCAUGCUAGUGAUGAUUGUGCGACCAGAAGACCACGGGGCGAGGCUCAGCUGUGAGGCCCACAACAGCGUAUCGACGGGAAUCCAGGAACGUGGGGUCACCCUGCAGGUCACCUUCCCCCCCAGUGCCAUUACCAUCCUGGGAUCUGCGUCCCAGUCUGAGAACAAGAACGUUACACUCUCCUGCAUCACCAAGUCCAGUCGUCCACGGGUCCUGUUGCGAUGGUGGCUGGGUUGGCGGCAGCUGCUGCCCACAGAAGACAUGGUCAUGGAUGGCCUGCAUGGUGGCCACAUCUCCAUGUCCAACUUGACGUUCUUGGUGCGACGGGAGGACAAUGGUCUGACCCUCACGUGUGAAGCCUUUAGUGAGGCCUUCACCAAGGAGACCUUCAAGAAGUCACUUAUCCUGAAUGUGAAAUAUCCUGCCCAGAAGUUGUGGAUAGAGGGCCCCCCAGAGGGACAGCGCCUCCGGGCUGGGACUCGGGUGAGGCUGGUGUGUUUGGCCAUUGGAGGCAACCCAGACCCAUCUCUCACCUGGUUCAAGGACUCCCGUGCGGUGACCGAACCGCGGCCGCCCCAGGAGCCGCGGCGGGUGCAGCUGGGAAGUCUGGAGAAGUCGGGGAGCACCUUCUCCCGCGAGCUUGUACUGAUCACGGGUCCGUCGGACAACCAGGCCAAGUUCACGUGCAAGGCGGGUCAGCUCAGCGCAUCCACGCAGCUUGUGGUGCAGUUUCCCCCAACAAACGUGACGAUCCUGGCCAAUGCGUCGGCGCUGCGCCCAGGGGAUGCCUUAAACUUGACUUGCGUCAGCGUUAGCAGUAACCCUCCUGUCAAUUUGUCAUGGGACAAGGAGGGGGAGAGGCUGGAAAGUGUGGCCAUACCACCCCGUACUGCCCCAUUCAAAGGAUCUGCAGCAGCCAGGAGUGUCCUUCUGAGAAUGUCAUCCCGUGACCACGGCCACCGAGUGACCUGCCGAGCCCACAGCACUGAGCUGCGGGAAACCAUGAGCGCCUUCUACCGCCUCAAUGUGCUGUACCCUCCAGAGUUCCUGGGGGAGCAGGUGCUUGUGGUGACCGCGGUGGAGCAGGGUGAGGCACUGCUGCCUGUGUCUGUGUCUGCCAACCCUGCCCCGGAGGCCUUCAACUGGACCUUCCGGGGCUACCGCCUCAGCCCAGCUGGUGGCCCUCGGCAUCGCAUCCUGUCCGGUGGAGCUCUGCAGCUAUGGAACGUGACCCGUGCUGACGAUGGCCUUUAUCAGCUGCAUUGCCAGAACUCAGAGGGCACCGCCGAAGCGCUAGUGCGGCUGGAUGUACACUAUGCCCCCACUAUACGAGUUCUCCAGGACCCUACUGAGGUGAAUAUUGGGGGUUCUGUGGAUAUAGUCUGCACCGUUGAUGCCAAUCCCAUCCUUCCAGGGAUGUUCAACUGGGAGAGGCUGGGAGAAGAGGAAGAGGACCACAGCCUGGAUGACAUGGAGAAGAUGUCAAAGGGAUCCACAGGGCGUCUUCGAAUUCACCAUGCCAAACUGGACCAGGCUGGUGCUUACCAGUGCAUCGUGGACAAUGGAGUAGCACCUCCAGCCCGAGGGCUGGUCCGACUUGUUGUCAGAUUUGCCCCCCAGGUGGAGCACCCCACUCCCCUAACUAAGGUGGCGGCAGCUGGAGAUAGCACCAGUUCUGCCACCCUCCACUGUCGUGCCCGAGGUGUCCCUAACAUCAUCUUCACUUGGACCAAAAAUGGAGUCGCUCUGGAUCUCCAGGAUCCCAGAUACACAGAGCACACAUACCACCAGGGUAUGGUCCACAGCAGUCUCCUGACUAUUGCCAAUGUGUCUGCGGCCCAGGAUUAUGCCCUGUUCACAUGCACAGCCACCAACCCCCUUGGCUCAGACCGCACCAACAUUCAACUCGUCAGCAUCAGCCGCCCAGAUCCCCCAACAGGAUUAAAGGUCAUGAGCAUGACCCCAUACUCAGUGGGGUUGGAAUGGAAGCCUGGCUUUGAUGGGGGUUUGCCACAGAGGUUCCAAAUCAGGUAUGAGGCUCUGGAGACUCCAGGGUUCCUCUACAUGGAUGUCCUACCACCUCAGGCCACCACCUUCACACUGACUGGGCUGCAGCCCUCUACACGAUACAGGGUCUGGCUGCUGGCCAGCAAUGCCCUGGGGGACAGCGGACUAAUGGACAAGGGGUCCCAGAUCUCUGUCACCACCCCAGGUCUAGACCAGCCUUCUGGAGAACCUGACUAUCAACUGCCCACAGAGAAGCCUACAAGACCCUCAGGGCUGCCCCUGAUGCCUGUGCUGUUUGCUGUUGGGGGUCUUUUGCUGCUUUCUAACAUCUCCUGUGUUGGGGGAUUCCUCUGGCAGCGGAGACUGAGGCGUCUUACUGAAGGCAUCUCAGAAAAGACAGAGGCAGGGUCGGAGGAAGACAGAGUCAGGAAUGAAUAUGAGGACAGCCAGUGGACUGGAGGCCAGGACACUCAAAGCUCCAUGGUUAGCACAACAGAUGUAGAACCAUAUUACCACUCCAUGAAGGACUUCAGCCCCCAGCUACCACCAACACUGGAGGAGGUGUCUUAUCCCCGAGGUCUCACACAUCUUGAGGAGGAUAUGGCUUUUCCUGGACACCUGUAUGAUGAAGUGGAAAGACUGAAUGCCCCAUCUGGGGCCUGGGGACCCCUGUAUGAUGAAGUACCAAUGCAAUCAGAGGGCCUCUGUGAUCCCUGCUGGCCUGAGGAGACAUAUGAAGAUACAAGAGGAAUCUAUGAUCAGGUGGCAGGAGACUUUGACCCGAUGGAAAUGGAUUCUCUACCUUUUGAGCUGAGGGGACAUCUGGUGUGAGAGCCUUCUCAACACCCUUUUCCUACACCUGCAGGACAUAAUAUACCAAUGGUCCUUUUUAUUCCAAUAUGGGCUGAGCUUAUUAAGUGAGCUCCAUAAGACACAAAGGGACUGGACUAUUUUGGGGAAAGGUGUGUGUAAGUGACAGGAGAUGAUUCAAGCUGGUGCCAAAAAGGCUUGUAUAAAUAAAGUUCCUCCUGGAGCCAGCUUUGGAAACUAAACUUCUCCAAAGGGGAACAGUAAAUUAUAAAAGACAUCUCAAUAAUGAAAAAGCUAUUCCAGGGUCUUUAUACUUUUUUAAAGUAAAAUUUUCAGAAGUUGGAAAUGACAUAUUAAAAAUAGUUCAUUUUGAAGUCAACUACACCCGAAAUAGCUAAUAAUAAGUGGAAUUUAUGAACCAUUGUUAUGUCCUACAAUAUUAUUUUCCACAAGUAUCUAAAACAUGAUGUAUAGACUAUGACACACAGGUAAACAUAAAUAGACUCUAUAGAAAAUAAAAAGACAAUAAAAGAAGAUAGACACAAAAUAAUAUAUAUUAUAUGAUUUCACUUACAGAAAUUGUAAAACAGGCAAAGCUAAUUUAAGGUGACAGAACAGAUCAGUGCUUUCCUGGGGCCCGAGAAAGGAAUUGACUGCAAAAGGGCACAGGGGAACUUCUGGGGGAUGAUGGAAAUGUUCUAUAUCAUUAUUGUGGUGGUGGUUACAUGGAUAUAUAGAUUUGUCAAAACUCAUUGAACUGUACACUUAUGAUGGGUGCAUUUUAUGGUACAUAAAUGAUACCUCAAUGAAAGUGAUUUGUAAAACAGUCUUCACAAUAAAGCAGCCCAGCAAGAGAA